AUGACCUGCAAUGAUAAAGUGAUAUGCCUGAUCGAUAUGGACUGUUUCUUCGCGCAAGUCGAGCAGCGCGAAAAGCCGGAAUUGCUUGGGCUUCCGGUCGCCGUUUUCCAGGCUUCUGCCUCCCGGUCGGGCGUCGGCGGCAUCAUCGCGCUCAGCUAUGAAGCGAAGAAUCUCGGCGUUAGACGAGGGAUGAAUCAACAAGAAGCGUUUGCCGUUUGCAAGGACCUGAAGCCCUGCGUCGUGCCGUUUGCCGAACAUUUGCGCAAGCCGGACAUUCAAAAGUACCGCAACGCGUCAAAGGAGGUGUUCGACGUCUUGCAGAACUUUUUCAAAGGCGUCGUCGUCGAAAAAGCGAGCAUCGAUGAGGCGUUCAUCGACCUGACCCCACUCGUUGAUAAGAAGCUGCACGAGGACCGUACGGGAUAUUUGGAGCGAUUUGAGCCGCGCCUGGGAGCGCUGGAUUCGACGCAUUUGGCUGAUGGCACGGAUCUUGACGAGAAUUACGACAGGGCAGUCCUGAUGAAAAAAUGGUACCACGAGUAUUGCAAGAUGGACAACGACCAUUUGAGGAUGCUGAUCGCGUCCGAGAUGGUCGACGCGUUACGGAAAGCGAUUUUGGACAAGACAAAGUUCCAGUGCUCGGCCGGGAUCUCGACAAAUAAAAUGCUGGCCAAGCUGGCGUGCGCGAGACAUAAACCAAGGCAACAAACGAUCCUCCCACAUGCGUUCUGCAUGAAAAUUCUGGAUGAUACUCCGAUUGGAGAUGUGCGAUAUCUGGGAGGGCUGACAGGAGCCAAUAUUCGAGAAGUGCUCAAUAUCCAGACGAUGGGCGAGCUGGCAGCGGUGCCGUUCGCGACGCUCGAAGAGGUCUGCCCGGAUAAAGCAAAUUGGCUGUACCGGACAUCGAGGGGCUUCAGCGACGAGCCCGUGAAGCUGCGCCAUCUGGUCAGCAGCAUCGCCACGAGCAAGCAGUUCGCUGGACGAUCUGCGCUGGUAUCGGUAGCCAAGGUCCGUGAAUGGCUCUCCGGACUCGCGAAGGAGCUGUGCAAGCGGCUGAAUGAGGACCGGACGACCAAUCGGAGGACAGCGACCAAAAUCGUCCUCUCGUUUAGCCAACCGGAUCGGCACAGCUCGAAAACACUUCCGCUGAACACAUACGACCCGACGAAUAUUUUUGAAACGACCAUGGCGGCCUUCGAAUCGGCGCUUCGAUCGGAAAUACGUGGAGACUCCUGCCCGAGCAUUACGUGCCUAACCUUGUCUGCAUCGCAUUUUGCCCUACCCUCGCUGCACGAACAACAAAAAACGAUGAGCGAGUGGGUGGAGAAACGGAGGCUGGAACGCCAAGAGCGAAUGAUGCCGACGACAUCUAAUCGGAAUCCAGACGACCUCGAUUGGGAGUUUUUACAGGAAUUGCCGGAAGACAUCCGGGCCGAGGUGUUGCAUGAGAGGAAUCUGGAGAAAGCUAAGAAGCUGAAGAUGAAGGCGAAUGUUGAAGAGCCAAAAGCAAAAGCGCCGGAGAAGCGGAAACGAAAAGCCGAGCCCCCGAAGAAGGAGGUGAUCUCGAAGAAGCUGGACACUUUUUUCAAGAAGCGA